AUGUCCUUGAAAGCACACGUUCAUCUCGACGAGCCAUACACCCACCAAGCUGUUGUCAAAGCACUUGAAAACUCGACCAAAUUAAAGUGGAUCAUCAACCAAGACAUUGUGCCAGAUCAUGCCGACACAGACAUUGCAGAUGUUCAAUUACAGUGGCUGGAAUACGAGCUAAUCAACUGGCACCACCUGUCCAUGCACGACAAAGACUCGCUUGCCAACGCCUACUGUAUUCGUAAAGGGCUUAUCCGUAAAUCACAAAUGGCCUACAACAUGACCAAGUAUUUAUCCAAACAUCCCAACAGCAUUCUCAAAAAGGCCAUCCCAGAGACCUGGCUGUUUGAACUGGAUCAUGUGGAUUACUUUGAGGAAGCCAUGAACGAUGUGUUUGAAGUGGAAAGAGACUUGCAAGAAGGGCACAUGUUUAUCAUCAAGCCUAGUAUGGCCAACAAAGCAGCUGGUAUCAAGGUGUUUAAUUCGCUGGAUGAAUUGCGCGCCAUGUUUGAAGUGGAAGACAGCGACAGUGAGGACGAGGAUGAUGAUGCGUACGAUAGCGAUCAAGAGGACUUGACUCAAGUGCGUGAAUGGGUGAUUCAACGUUAUAUCCACAAGCCUCUGCUGGUGAAUAAGCGCAAAUUCCAUGUGCGUGCCUAUGUGCUGGCCAAAUCAAACAUUCAAGUGUACCUGUACAGGGACAUGCUGGCCUUGUUUGCUAUGAAAGAUUACGAUACCACUUGUUUAGACGACAAUUUGAUCCACUUGACCAACACAUGUCUGCAAGCAGAUGAGGAGGGAUACGAUGAACAAGCGUCCGUUAAACUCUUUUGGGAGCUCGGCUUGGAUGAAAAGGACCUCAACAAGAUGUUUGAUCAGAUGAAGAGCAUUUUAGCUGAUGUAUUCGAUGCUUGCACUAGCGAAAUGACAACUUUCCAAGCCAUGCCCAACGCAUUUGAGCUAUUUGGCGUUGAUUUCAUGAUGGAUGAGGAUCUGAAUGUCUACUUCUUAGAGGCCAAUGCUGUAAGUAGGUACUAA